GCAUCAACCGUACUCACCACAGCUGCCAAGAUGAUCAACCUCGGAAUCAUUGGAACCAACUGGAUCACCCACUCAUUUGUCGAGGCCGCUCACGCAACAGGCAAAUACACCCUCACAGCCGUCUACUCUCGGAAAGAAGAAACGGCAAAGGAAUUUGCAUCCAAGUACGCCGGCAACCAAAUCACCACCUUUACCCUGCUCGACGCCCUCGCCAACAGUGACAAGAUCGACACCAUCUACAUUGCCAGUCCCAACAUCCUGCACUAUGAACAAGCUAAGCUCUUCCUCGGAGCAGGCAAAAACGUCAUCCUCGAGAAACCCAGCUGCAGCACCGUUGGCGAACUCGACGACCUCUUUGCCCUUGCAAAAGAAAAAAACGUCAUCCUUGUCGAGGCGUUCCGCCACAUCCAAGAAGCAAACUUCAAGCUGUUGAAGCACAAGAUGGCCGAUCUGGGCCCUCUGUACGGCGCCUCGAUUACCUUUGCCCAGUACAGCAGCCGCUACGAAAAAGUGCUGCAGGGCGAGGUGCCCAACAUCUUCAACCUCGAAAUGGGCGGCGGGGCCCUCGUCGAUCUUGGCGUCUACUGCGUCGCUGCUGCCGUGGACCUCUUCGGCGCCCCCAUCGACUCGCACUACUGGCCCGUCAAGAUUGCCACGGGCGCCGAUGGCGGCGGCCGCUUGAUCCUGACAUACCCCACCUUUACCGUGCAUCUCUGCCACUCCAAGAUUUACAACUCCGACGCCCCCUCGGAGAUUUACGGAGAAAACGGCACCCUGAUUGUGCCCUCCAUCACCGACAUCGACAAGGUUACCCUGUGGGACCCACGGAAUAAGACAAGACAAGAUGUACCCGGCGUCAAGGCGCCCGAGAAACUCAACUUGAUCGACGAGGCAAGAGAGUUUGCGAGGUGCAUUGAAGAAAAGGAUACAGCGGCUUUGGCGCGCUUGGAGAAGCACUCUAGAGAUACGCUGGCUGUUAUGCAAAAGGUCAGGCACGACAAUGGGCUUGUGUUCCCUGGAGACAAGUAAAAAAAAAAAGUGUCGUUGGGGUACAUGUGGUUGUACGUAGCAUACAGCUAGCUCAUCGUGUCAUGGCGAGAACACACCAA